CAUUCUUCCCCUCUAAUCAGGAACUGAUUUAGAACUGUGACACCAGGUGGGUGCAAUCCAUCAUCAGAUAUAACAGAAAACCAGGAGCAGUCUGGCCCUUGUAGUGUAAGAUUUGAAUAACCCUGCUGUAAUUGCCUCCCUAGGCAGACGGGUUGCCUUCCACAUUAACAAUGUUCCCGUGCUGUUGUUGUAGUAGAGACAAAAGUGUUAUUUACAAAGCAGAGGUGUUCACUGGAGAAAUGCUGCACGCCGGCACCACGAACAGUAUCUAUAUACAUCUCCGUGGCACAAUGGAUUCAAGCCAUCGCAUCUGCCUCCCCAAAAGUAGAUUCAUUGGGGGCCACCGCCGAGGGGCUGUGAUAGAGCUUGAUGUAUUCUGUCCUUCCUCCCUGGGCCAUCUGGAGUUUGUGGUGCUGGAAUCAGAGCCGUACCUCCCAUUCUGCUUCCUCAACGAUGACUGGUUCUGCUCUAAAGUAGUGGUGACCACACCAGAGGGAGACACAGUCAACUUCCCCUGUUACCACUGGAUCUCAGGCAAUGAGCGGCUGAUGUUCAGGAGGCCACUGGUCAGUAAACUGAUAUUCAAUGAGACCUGGCCAGAGGCCAUAGAAGAGAGAAAGAAGGAGCUGCAGAGUCGGCAAAAGGUGUACCGCUGGAGUAUAUAUGCCGAGGGUCUACCCCAAAUAAUGGAAUGUGACAGUGCUUCUGAUCUCCCUGCUGAGGUCCGCUUCUCUUUCACCAAGGACUUGGAGUUCAAGUUCACAGCAGUCGAAGCGCCUAUGCUCUUAUUGUUGUCACUCAAACUAGAAACCCAUUCCACCAACAAGAAACAAUGGAAGAGCCUAGAUGAACUCAGUCACGUUUUCAAUGGACACAAGACUGACGUCUAUGAAUAUGUCGAAAAGAACUGGAAGGAGGACACAUUUUUUGGGUACCAGCUUCUGAACGGCAUCAACCCCAUGAUGAUCCAUCGCUGCUCCAAGCUUCCAGAGAACUUCCCCGUCACAGAAGACAUGGUGAAGGCUUCCCUUUUCGGAAAAAGCCUUGAAGCAGAAAUUCAGAAAGGCAACAUCUUCCUGGUUGACUACAAGCGUCUACAUGGAGUGACAGCAAACGUGAUCCACGGGAAACAGCACUUCUUGGCUGCUCCUCUCUGCUUGCUCUAUGUGACAGAAGAUAAGCUCAUGCCCAUCGCAAUCCAGCUGAAGCAGGAGCCUGGAGAAGACAACCCCAUCUUCCUUCCUACUGACUCUGAGUAUGACUGGCUUCUGGCCAAGAUCUUUGUGAGGAGCGCUGACUUCGCUGAACAUGAGCUGAACUUUCACCUGCUGAGGACUCACCUGCUGGCUGAGGUGUUCGCCGUGUCGACACUGCGUAACCUACCAAUGGUGCAUCCCAUCUACAAGCUCCUGAUCUCUCACUUCCGCUACACUCUGCAGAUCAACACGCUAGCUAGACAGGCCCUCAUAUCAGAGAAUGGGCUGUUCACAGAGAAUGCCAGUAUAGGAGGUCCAGGGAUGGUGGAGUUCCUGAAGAAAGCGAUGGCCUCAUUGACCUACAGCUCCCUCUGUAUGCCGGAGGACAUCACAGCACGUGGUCUGGAGUCAAUCCCCAACUUCUUCUACAGGGAAGAUGGACUCAGGUUGUGGGACAUCGUUCACAGGUUUGUUCACAAUGUGAUUGGUCACUACUACACCUGUGACUCAGACGUCCAGAAGGACUCUGAACUGCAGAACUGGAUCAAGGAGAUCUUCUUCCAUGGGUUCCUGGCAGAAACCAACACAGGUUACACUUUUCUCAUUUAA